CACGUAGUUACCAGGCACCGUGUUACUCCGGCUGUAGCCCGCUAACGCUAAACUUCUUUUUACUGCAGGUUUGCGUUUUAUUUAUUCGGCUUCCUAACGGUACACAUUUCUAAAGAAGAACAUCAAUUGUGACGUGACAAACUCUUUAUCGUGCCUUCUUUCUUCAGGUGUGCCAUGUUCAACCCCAGUGAAUUGGAAGGUGAAGUGGAUCACUCAUUUUUCGACAGCGAUUCUGCUGAAAACAGCGCAGAUGUAGGGCACAUGGUGGAGAAGGUCUUGAAGGAUGAGAAGGAGAUUCCAGCAGCACAUAAGUUAUGUGCAAAACACAGAGAAAAUUAUCAAAGUGACCUGUCAUCAAGGACUGAUCAGAAUAGAAAACAUCUGAAACAAGUAGAGAACAGUAAUAGCAGCAGUAUGUCAUCUGUCUCCAGUACAUCAGAUAAAGUCAGCAACGAGAGCAGUGAUAGUGAGGAUUGCUCCAAUUUGCACUCUGAAAGGCCCAGUGGAACCUUUGUGGCUUUGCUGGCUGAGGCCAAAGAGGUAAAAGAUACAGAUGUUUACAACCAGAAUCCAAAAGAGACCAAAGAAGAAGCAUUACCAUUUAGAGCCAGCUCAAAAAGGAGAAACAAACAAUCUCCUAAAAAACUAAUAAGAAAUAGGCACAACCAAAGUCCUUCAGGUCCUCCAAGAAGGUCCCAGAGUCCUGCUCUUUCAUCAACUGAGACUAGUGCAGAUGCAGACUCAGAGGGCUCCAAUAGCAGUAGCAGUCAGCGGAGCAGCUUGGAGUCCCCUGCCCUCCCUACACCAAUCUCAUCUUCUUCAUGUCCUGGAGUAAGAAGGACCAGAUUAGGCUCAGCAAGGCCUCGGGAUUUGCCUGCUGGCCGUACGGUAGAGUCAGAUGAUACAGUGACAGAUGUGACCCCGCUCUCUUCACCUGACUCCAGUCCCCUCCAGUCAUUGGACCUGAAUGUCACAGAGGUCGAAGAGGAAAGUCAUAAAGAGGAGCAGCCACGGCAGAGUGUGCCCUCCAGUGGUUUUAGAAACAUGCAUCAAGAUGAGGACUCAGAUCAGGAUGUGGAUGAGUGCUCUCUCAAUUUAGAAAGCCAGCUUGGAAGAAAACUGGUCUUCCACUAUCCUGGAGGGAGAAACAGGAAAAACUACUCGUUCUCCAAUGAGGAGGUCCGGCGCAUAGAUUUAGAGAAUCAGCGACUUCUUCGUGAGCUGUCUCACCUCUCUCCAGGGCCCAGACCGGGAAGUGUACCGGUGAAGAAAACCUGCAGGCCGAGUGCCUCUCCACAAAUUCGCCUCACCCACAGUGCAGUAAACAGGCAGCGGGAACAGCAACGGAUUGAGAGGGAAAACCUGGCUUUCCUGAAGAGACUGGAGUCUGUGAAGCCUACACCUGGCCUGAGGCGCUCAGAGCAACUGGCAGACUACCAGCGCCAAGCCGGAUACCUGGGAGGUUCUUCAUAUCCCAUCUGCAGGUCCACCACAAAGAAAGAUCGAUCUAGCAGUAGGACUACCUCAGCAGGUCCCAGGCAAGUCAGCUCCAGAGCAGCAUUCCCCUCCGCUGACUCCAGCAACAGACCUGCACCCAAGUCAAAAAAACCAGGUGCCACCCGACCAGCCUGGUGCUGAGAGCGCUGCUGUUUAACAACAUUUCAUCUACUAAAAAAGCACGACUGGUUUCCAUUAUUCAUAUUAAGUUGGCGUCCUUGCACAGCAAAAUAUUUAAAAGGUACGAAGCGCAAAGGAUCUUUUCACAUAAAUGGGUUCAUCUUACCUUUAGUUGACUUAAUCAACUUCAGUGGUUUUGGUGUCACCAUGAUUAUCCAUUAUGAAGAUUAACUUUGAUUCUGAAAUAUGGUAACUGUGGCUUCUGCAGCGGUGUCACAUUACAAAGGUUAGCUGCAUAUUUCCAGGAGAUAUCGCUUAUAUUCAACAGCCAUGUCAAAACUAUAAAAAGUAAUCUACAAUUCAUAGUUUGACUUUUAUUUUCUUUAACUGUUUGUUUUUUUUUAUCCCUUUGAUUAAAGAGGAUACACAAAGAACUUGUUUUUAAUAGUUACUUAAAGGUUUACAUGUUUAUUCUGUGUCUUGUUAAGUAAAGCUGUU